AUGGAGAGGCCGGAGCUAGAGCUGGACCUCGGCCUCAGCCUCCUUCACCGCUCUGCACCGGAGGAGCCGCCGGGCUUCUUCCUCUGCACGUACUGCGGCCGCAAGUUCUACACCUCGCAGGCGCUCGGCGGCCACCAGAACGCGCACAAGUAUGAGCGCACCCUGGCAAAGCGCCACCGCGAGAUGGCUGAAGCUGCCAUGCGCGCGCACCAAGCAGCGUCGUCAGUGAGGGGCGCCGGCCGCGGCCAGGUCGACGGCGACAGCGUGCCUGGAGCUGGAAGCGCCGCCAGAGUUGCCAGCGGCGUUGCUGGAGCAGAGCCUGAGGCGGCUAAGAAGGCGAGGCAUGCUGAUCCGCCGGCGCCUUGGCAGCGGGGCGACGUCGAGCGCGCCGACGACCUGGACUUGUCACUCAGGCUAUGA